AUGGCCUCACAAUCCAACCCCGCCGAUGCCCCUCCAUCUUCCGCAACCAAUGCGGUCUUGGUGGCCUCUGAGCCCGUCCCUGAAGGCACUCAUGAGGUCCAAGGGGUCGAUUUCGAGAAGUUCCAGGGCCGAGAUAUCACUGUGGCGGAAUUGGUCGAUAAUAUGAAAUACAUGGGUUUCCAAGGCAGUGCAGUGUCUGAGGCCACUCGGAUCAUUAACAACAUGUCUUCUCUCUCAAAGCGUGCCUAUCGCCACCCCGAAACAGGGGAAAAGACCACCAUCUUCCUCGGUUACACCUCCAAUCUCAUCUCGUCCGGAUUACGCGAUACUAUCCGUUACCUCGUCCGCCAUAGCCACGUUUCCGCCAUCGUCACCACCGCCGGAGGUGUGGAGGAAGACCUGAUCAAGUGUCUCGCGCCGACCUACAUGGGCUCGUUCACUUCGCCCGGUGCCGGACUACGCGCCAAAGGCCUCAACCGUAUCGGUAAUCUCGUCGUCCCCAACAGCAACUACUGUGCUUUUGAAGACUGGCUGGUCCCCAUCUUGGAUCGCAUGGUGGAGGAACAGGAAGCAGCCAAGAAGAAAGCGCUCGAGACUGGGGACGAGGAGGAUGAGCUACACUGGACUCCAAGCCGGAUCAUCGAACGGUUGGGUCGCGAGAUCAACAAUGAAGACUCGGUCUUGUACUGGGCCGCCCGCAACAAUAUUCCCAUCUUCUGCCCUGCUCUGACGGACGGCUCUCUGGGAGAUAUGAUGUACUUCCAUACCUACCGGUCUUCGCCAUUGCGACUCCGGGUGGAUAUUGUCGACGAUGUGCGACGCAUCAAUACGAUGGCGGUUCGAGCGGCUCGUGCGGGGAUGAUUAUUCUCGGAGGUGGGGUGAUCAAACAUCACAUUGCCAACGCAUGUCUGAUGCGGAAUGGCGCAGAACAUGCGGUGUACGUGAACACGGCGCAGGAGUUCGAUGGCAGCGAUGCGGGAGCUCGACCGGAUGAGGCUGUCAGUUGGGGCAAGAUCAAGGCGGAUGGUGAAUCUGUCAAGGUGUAUGCGGAGGCAACGGUGGUGUUUCCCCUCAUGGUUGCUGCAUCCUUUGCUCGAGCGGGGGCUCAGAACUAA